AUGCCAGAGAAGGCGCUGAACAAGGACCUUGCCAUCAAGGCCUUCUGGACGCUCGUGAUCAAGCAAGAUGUACCUGGCGUCGACGCGAUCGUGACUCAGUACCCCCAUUUCCUUCCGCCGGACCUUCGGUACCCACCGAUGCUGCACUGUACCGGGCUCCACGUCGCCGUGCAAAAGAACAACGAGCCCCUCGCGGCCCUCUUCCUGCGACUUGGCGUUCACAUCAAUGCCCAGAACAAGGCGGGUGCGACGCCGCUGCACCUCGCGUGUCGAUUGGGCUUUGCGAGCAUGGUCCGCUAUCUCCUCCGGCAUGGGGCCGACUACGCCGUCCUCGACGCUCAAAUGCACUCGCCGUUCGAGGUCGCGACGUGGUCCGUCCUGCAAGACGCCCUUCUCUCGCCUCUCCAGACCCAAGCCGCGGCUCUUUUGGCCAGCGAGGCCUGCGCACGCGAAGACGCUGCGCGACUUCAGAGCGAGAUUAGUCGCACCACCACAGCGCUGGAAGGACUGUACAUGGAGUGGGACGACAUUCAGAGCCAGGGCCUUGAAGAAUUGGCCGCGUACCGAGCGCAGUCGGAUAUCGAAGAUGCGCUGCGCCUCGAAUUGAUUGAGCUGCGGCGAACCUUGCAACACUGCGACGCCGACCGAGCAACAAAGACCGAGCAGGGAGCUGAACAGCAUGCACAACUCGAAGACGUGCUGGGGCGGUACCGCAUUGCCCUCGACUGCGCAGCGAGCGCCGCGAUCGAGCUCCAGCACCAGCAAGAUGUGCUUGCGACUGCGUACAGCGUCAAGAGUGCAAAGUGGGCCAUCUACUCGGACAAGCUCGGCGUUGUCGAUGCUAUGGCCAACGCCCCGAACGACAUUGACGUGCAGCUCUGGGGCGCGAAUCUUCUCUCCCACCUCGCCCAUGAUCCACAGACGCCGCACGAGCUCCUCGUCAAGCAAAAUAUGCUGCGCACCGUGCGCGACACCAUGGAGCGGUUUCCCUUCCACGCCAAGAUACAGGAGCAUGCGAUGGAAGCCAUAGGCGCGCUCUGUGAUGCACUCCCGACUGCGUGCGAGCUCUGCAUGCAAGAACGCUUCAUUGAAAACAUCCAAGCCGCCCAGCGCCAGUUCACACCCGACGACGCCUUUGCCAGUCAUUGCGUCUACGCUCUGCGGGCGCUCUUCAUGCCCCGAACGCCAUCGCCGCACCCUGUGUCUCAAGUGCACCUCAAGUUCAUGUGCAAGUUUUGUGCCGACGACAAUGCCUUUGUCGUCGACUUGCUCGCCAAGUGCCGGAGCUCCAAGCUCGUGCUCUACCACGACGCUCUGCCCGACCUGGCGGGUCUCCUAUUUGUCCUUGCAAAAUACAAUGCCAGACAGGUCUUUUUGGAGCGCGACGCACUGGGGCUUCGCACCGUCCUGGAUAUCCUCGUGCAUGUCUCUGUCGACGAGGAAACCGUGCGCAACCUCUUGGGCAUUGCAUCGCUCUUGUCGCUUGCAGAUGUGCGAUGUCCCGAAGAAGACACGCUUCCGCCGUGCUACAUUUCAUUUGGAUUGCCCAAGGUGAUUCCGCUCCUUCAAAAGUACGCUGGGAACCCAGACGUUGUCAUGUGGGGCAUUCGCUUCCUUCGCAACCUCGCCGAGCGCAAUGUCGUCGCCAAGGACCAAGUGAGUCGCAGCGGCAUUGAACACAUCCUCACCGACCUCAUUGCCGCGUGCGCGUCGACGUCGAUGCGCAUCUCGAUUUUGCAGCUCAUCCACGUGGCAUUUGUGACCAACUACGACCGACUGAACCAAGUCGAAGAGCUAUCGAGCAUGGUGCUGGACGGUGUCCGGGACUGCUUCUUGACACACCAAAACAGCGUCACGCUCCAGGAGUGGGCCCUGAAAAGCCUCGUCGUCGCGUGCAAGCAUCCGUCGAACCUUACGUACCUCAUGGCGUCCCGUGACGACCUCGAGGCGUGCCUCAUGGACAUCUUGACACCACUCGCGCGUCAAGCGCCCGAUGCAUUCGACGCGCGGCGCUUCAACGCGCUUAUGCUCUGGGGUCUCCGCUUCCUACUCGUCUACUAUGAAUAUGAGGGCAGCGUGGGCACCUCGCUGCACGACCUCGCAAACUCGCACGACGCGUGCAGCGUCCUUUUCGCGGUCGACAGCUUCUGUGACAAGCACCGCGAGCCCACGACAGCAACGAUCGCGAACCUCGUCACCGUGCUUCGGAAAGUCGUGCAGUGCACGUGCCGUCAACGAUCUGUCCAGUAG